AAGCCAAUGUGAGCUGCUCUCCAACCAUUAAUACACACAGUUUUACGCUGUGUACAAUAUUUGUUCAUUUCCCAAUCAUACGAGUAUCUCUUUUUCAGCUUUCUGGUUACAAAUCUAUUUCAACUUUUUCAAAAUCUAUUCUUGAUUGGCUGAAGUUUUUCUUUUCAUUGCAUAUACACUGUUUGUGGUUCUGGGUUUCUGAUUCUUGGGAAUUCGUAAGCUUUUAUCUUAGUACAUGUUGGAUUUCCAUAAAAGCCAUAUUCCUUGUAGCGUGUAUUGAAGGCAAUAUAUAUACAUAUAUGGCGUCCUCAAUUCUUACCGUAAGGAAUCGUAGUUUGUCAAAUAUGGAUUUGAAAUUGAUGUAAAUAUUAUUUGGGUUGUUUCAGGUGAGAGGUUUUUGGUUUUUUGUUUUCCAUAUCAAAUUAAUUAAUUGUACAUUGUAGUUAGUGCCUUCUGCGUUCUUGAUUUUCCUCAAAAUGUGUGAUUUUUGAAGUCAGUUGUUUCUGGAAUUUGGAGUAAAUCUUUUAAGCAAUUUUCAGAAACCAAGAGUAUUUGUUACUGGGAUGUGAAUUUGAAGGCAAAAAUGACAUCUUUCAGCGGUUUGGGUAUUGGUUUGAGCCUAGUGUUUGGCUGCCUUCUCUUAGCUCUGGUUGCAGUGUUAUACUAUGUGUUAUGGGGGAAGAAGAGAAUCACACAGAGACAAGACAUAGAAGCUGACCACAGCAACUAUGCAAAGGAGUUAAUUAAACUUUUCUGCUGGAAAAAGCCCUCUUCUUUGCAUUAUAAAAAUACUCAUCAAGAUGGAGAGACAGACCACCCGGUUGCCAGUGGGUGUAAAUCAGACCCGGAGCUGGGGGAAAGCAAAGAUUUGUUAUUAAAAUCUUUAGGAGAAGAAGAUGAAGUUGCAGAGCUCAUGAGACUUCACAAUCUAGCUGGCCCUCCAAGAUUUCUCUUCACAAUCAAAGAGGAAACAAAGGAAGAUUUGGAGUCCGAUGUUGAGAAAUCUAGAGGUGAGAGAAGCAGAAAAGGUUCAAGAACAAAGAGCUUGAGCGAUCUUUUAGUUACUGUUGAUUCCCCAAUUUUAACUCCUUUGGCUUCUUCACCACUCAAGUCUUCUUUUGAUUCUUAUCACCACCUCGGUUUCAACGCUCUCUUUGAAUCUUCACGAGAAGCAGACUUGAAUAGGUUGUGGUCUUCCCCUCCUCCAAAGUUCAAGUUUCUGAGAGAUGCAGAGGAGAAAUUUUUGAAAAGAUUAUUGAUCGAAAAAGCUGAGAAAAGGAUUCCUAAACAAAAGAGUUCAGCACUUGAAGAUUCUGGUGUUAAAGCACUUUAACAGUUCCAACAUUGGGUUAUUUAGAAGAGAAAUUAGAGGGGCCUUUUAAGUUCAUUGUUCGUCAACAUUUACCACAGUUUCCUCCUAGCACAUCUCAGAUACUUCCAUUGGCAACUUCACCAACAACAUUUAGACCACUAGACAAGAAGCCAGUUCAUCAUUAGGUGCAUUCCUUGCAUACUUAACAUAAGAUUGUUUCUGUUUAUUCUUUUGAUUUUGUCAAUUAGCUUUUCUAAGA